AUGAAAUCUCCACCCCCACCGUACCACUACAGUUCACCUCCUCCACCGGUAAAAUCCCCUCCACCACCAUACCACUACACAUCACCCCGACCCCCAAUGAAAUCUCCACCACCCCCAUACCACUACACCUCACCUCCACCACCAAUUAAGUCACCACCACCACCAUACCACUAUACAUCACCACCACCACCGGUUAAAUCCCCACCACCACCUUACCAUUAUACAUCACCUCCACCACCCAUGAAAUCUUCACCUCCUCCAUACCAUUACACCUCACCACCACCACCAGUUAAGUCCCCACCACCACAUACCAUUACACCUCACCUCCUCCACCAACUAAGUCCCACCACCACAAUAUACUACACAUCGCCUCCUCCACCAGUUAAAUCUCCACCACCACCGUACCAUUACACCUCUCCACCACCACCUGUGAAGUCCCCACCACCACCAUACCACUUACACAUCACCUCCAUCACCUGUGAAAUCUCCACCACCUCCAUACUACUACACCUCUCCACCACCACCAGUUAA